AUGGCUCCCUCAACUCAGGAUGUUCAGAAAAGUCGGGCUUCGGACGACUUGAUCAUGGCCACGAACAACAGUUCUAUAGUCUCAAAACGCAGUGUCGAACAUCUCUACUAUCCUGACGAGCCUCACUACUUUCAAUUCUUUGUGAAAAAGUUCCGGAGAAGGGCACCCCUCGUCAACAGAGGCUAUCAUCUGAGACUCAAAGUCAUCGACACUCUAGUUCGCCGGUUUCUCGAAAAGCCAUCAACCCGAAAGAAAGUCAUCGUGAAUCUUGGCUGCGGGAGCGACGUUCUGCCGUGGCAGUGCCAAGUGCGCUAUCCCGAUUCAUGUCGAGAUGUUACUUUCCUUGAUGUCGACUACCCAGAUCUUAUCCAGAAGAAGCGGCAGAUAGUACUCGAGACCCCCGAGCUGCAAGAUCUGAUGGGGGCUUGGGAGGUAAAUGACGAUUCCCCAAUCGUCCUCAAAAGCCAGAAGUACUGUCAAGUGGGAUGCAACCUCCAGCAGCUCUCGGUUCUGCAGAGCUGUCUUGACGCGCUCUUUGACGUGCCCAAUACCGAGUUCUUGUUCGUGGCCGAAGUCUCCAUUACUUACAUGGACACGAAAGGUGCGAAUGGAGUCAUUGAGUGGGCAGCCACUGUUGGAAAUGCUGAGUUCUGUCUACUGGAACAAAUCCUACCAGAUGGGCCCGAUCAUCCUUUUGCUCACACGAUGCUUGGGCACUUCAACAAGAUGAAUGCCCCACUCAAGUCGGUCCAUCGCUAUCCCACCGUGGCCAGUCAGGAGAAGCGAUUUCAGUCUCUUGGCUGGCCAUCAGCCGAGAGUUGGACACUCUGGGAGGCUUGGUCUGACGAUCUGUUCAUGACUGCUGAAGAGAGACGAGCCCUUGACUCGGUUGAGUCCUUCGACGAGCUGGAAGAGUUUGCUCUCUUCGCCAGCCAUUACUUCGUCAUCCUUGCCUCAACUCCGAGGUCUGAAGUUCAGGGCCAUGUAUUCAAGGUCUAUGGAGAAGUCAACAUUCCAUCCUUCCAAUGUUCAAUGAACAUGAGCCCCUAUGAGUCUGCUCGUGGGCACCGCCGGCUCGGCGCCGCAAUGCUCGUCGGAGAGCCCAACAGCGGUGGGUCUAUCUCCCACAACUUCGGACAGGGUCCCGUUGGACGGAUGAACUCCGAGGACCUGUACAAAAUAUCCAGUCAGACAGUGUCUUCCAACCAGUCCGUCAACAUGCCAUCUGCCAGAGUAUGCCACAGCCUUACGGAUCUGGGCAGCGCUGGCGUUCUUCUCGCGGGUGGUCGCGCGUCCCCAUCAACGGCGUUCGGAGACUGCUGGCUAUUCAACAAGAAUCUUUCUGCCUGGGAACCGACAAAGGAUCUCCCCGUCCCCCUUUUCAGGCAUUCCGUGACUCGACUUGGCUCUUCGUCUCUUGCCCUCCUUGCUGGCGGUAGGAAGAAUCACAUUGAAACAUCAGCCGAGUACUUCCUGUUUGAUCCUGCAGAGGGUUGGGAAAAGUGCCACGUACAGUCUGCGCCACCUGCACUGUACAGCGCUACAUUCAUCUGUGUAGGCGAAGUGGGAUCUCGAGCUUUCACUGGUUUCCUAUCCGGAGGCAGCCUUGAGGACAGCGUCAUCAACCAGGAACUUUAUACUUGGAGAUUGGAUGUUUCCGAGCCCGAGCCUGUACUGUCAUUCCAGCUUCGAACCCCAGAAGACGGGGGUAUGCCCGGCUCUCUGGCCCGCCUCGGCUCUGUUGCUGUUCAGUCUUCUAAUUACACGCUAUUGCUUGGCGGAGUGAUUAAAGGGGUCCAGCUUUCAUCAGCAUACGACAUCCUCAUUCUCAAAACAACUGAAACAGACGUGAGUGUGGUAGCCACGCUUGAUGGCACAGACAGUUCCGGCCUGAUGCGCCCCUUUUUGAUGGGGUCUUCCGUCGUGCAUUAUGAAAAUGGAAACUUCGCCAUCGUAGGAGGUGGCGCAACAUGCUACGCCAUGGGAACAUUUUGGACUCCAGGGAGCUACAGCUUCCGUUUCGAUCCAAGUCUUCUUUCCCAACAUGGCACGGGGCAAACAUCCUUACGACCCAAACCAAUCCAGUACAAGGAGACGGUUCAGUUCUCGGAGAGCGAGAAGAGGCCUGUCGAAUAG